UCCAACGUCGUCAACGUGCGGACCGCUCGAAUUAUAAUUUUGUUUGUAAAUAAUAUACUUUUGUAAAUAAACUCUUAAUCUAUAUUUAACAGUUACUACUGAUAUUAUUGUAUUAUUAUCGUCGCCAUGUCUACUGUUAUAUUUCGUUUUAGACCUCGAUUUAAUCGUUUAUGUCUCAGUGCGUGUUUUAGAGAAAAAAGUGUUUGGACCAGUGACAAAGUUGUAAUUUCAGCUUCCAAAGAUGUUGAUGUACCGAGCUUGACAGUAGAUCAGUACUUAUUUAGGAAUUUGGAUAAAUGGGCAAAGAAAACUGCUGUGAUCUGCGGCCACACGAAUAGACAGUACACAUACGAGGAAGUGUACAAAAAAUCAAGAAUCCUUGCCGCCAAUUUGAGGAGAAAGUUCAAAAUCAAAGAUGGCGACACUGUCGCUGUUUUGCUACCGAACGCGCCGGAAUACCCGAUCAUCACGUUUGGAAUCCUCGCCGCUGGUGGUGUGGUUACCACUAUGAAUCCUGUUUAUACUGCUUAUGAAAUCCAGAGGCAAAUUCUUCUAUCAAGCACCACACUUAUUAUAACUAAUGAAGAUCUAGUUUCCACAGUAAAAGAAGCUUUGAAACUAGCAGAGAAAGACUUUCCAAUAAUCUCACUUAAUGACAAAAGUACACCAGAAGGAACAGUGUCUUUCAAAGAACUGGUUGAAGAUAAUAACGUUGAUAUAAGUGUUUUAAAAGAAGUAAAUAGAAGAGACGAUGAUGUAGCAUUUUUGCCGUAUUCCAGUGGCACAACUGGACUACCUAAAGGCGUGCAGUUAACUAAUAGGAAUAUUGUUGCAAAUUGUGAACAACAAAAUACUGAUUUUAGACAAUAUGAAUAUACUACUGAAUCACACCAAGACAGCACUUUGGUGGUACUGCCGAUGUUCCAUUCCUAUGGGCUGAGUAUCUGCAUGUUACAUAAGAUGUCUGUUGGUCUGAAGCUGGUGACUUUGCCAAAAUUCCAACCAGACAUGUUCUUGAACACGCUGCUGGCACAUCGACUGGAGCUGAUGUAUUUGGCUCCACCAAUGGUUAUGUUCCUUGGUGCGUAUCCUCAAGUGACUGCAAAGCAUUUGGAACACGUAACUGCAGUGACAUCAGGAGCUGCACCCUUACCGUCUGCAGAUAUCCAGAGACUCUUUGAAAAGGCUCAGAGAGAAAUCCAGUUCUGCCAAGGUUAUGGUUUGACGGAAACAUCUCCUCUAGUUAGUUUGACUCCUUUCGGUGAGAAAGUUUAUGAGGACGUCGGAUAUUCAUUACCGAAUAUGCAUUGUAGGAUCGUCGAUGGAGAGAUGAAUAAUUUGGGACCAGGCGAGGUCGGAGAACUUCUACUAAAAGGACCGAAUGUAAUGAAGGGGUAUUUGAAGAAUCCAAAAGCUAACAGUGAAGUGUUUGUCGAUGGGGAUUGGCUUCGAACAGGAGACCUGGCAAAAAUCAACGAAAAUGGAUUAAUCACCAUAGCUGAUAGGCUCAAGGAACUGAUCAAGGUUAAAGGUUACCAGGUACCACCAGCUGAAUUAGAAAACGUGUUAAAAGAACAUCCAGCAGUUCUAGACGCAGCUGUAGUCGGAGUACCAGACCAAGCCACGGGUGAAAGACCAAGAGGCUUUAUAGUCUUGAAACCAGAAGCUAAGGCAAAUGACAAAGACAUAAUUGAAUUUGUUAGCAAAAGAGUAGCACCAUACAAGAAGAUAAACGAAAUAACAUUCCUAAAAGAAAUUCCAAAGAAUCCCUCAGGGAAAAUUCUAAGAAAAACUUUGAAAGAAGAGUAUUGUAAAUAAAUGGUUGGUAACGUG